CCUCCGCUUCUCCUCCUCUCCUCGAUGUGCCGCUUUGUGAUCUACAAGGGAACCCCAGUGCAACUCUGCCAUUUGCUGACUCGACCAUGUCAUUCAAUCAUUAACCAAGCCUUUGACUCACGGCUCAGACUUGACCGGCGGAGACCUAUCAACGGAGACGGAUUUGGUGUCGGCUGGUACGAUUCGGUCCAGGACGCUGAAUUGGGUAGCCAGCCCUGCAUCUUCACGUCCGUGACUCCGGCAUGGAACAACGUUAAUCUUACUCGACUUGCUGAGAAGAUUAAGUCACCAUUGAUCUUCGCCCAUGUACGUGCAACAACCGCAGGUUCUCUCUCCCUCGAUAAUUGUCAUCCAUGGGCAUACGGCAAGCUGAUGUGGAUGCAUAAUGGUGGAAUUGCCGAGUUCCAUAAAAUCAAACGACGCCUGCAGGCGAGUCUGUCCGAUGAAAUCUUCAACCAUGUCCAAGGGAACACAGAUUCGGAGUGGGCCUUUGCGCUCUUCCUCUCGAAACUACCUGACCCGAACGCGAAAUGCUUCACGACGAAUUGCCUCAAGCAGGCCAUGCUUGAGACGAUCACCACUCUCAAUGCAUUCGCGGAUGAUGAGAACAUCGCGGAGCCGAGCUUGAUGAACUUCUGCGUGACAGACGGCGAGAGCGUCAUCGCAACCCGUUACAUUUCCUCUCGCCACCAGGAGGCUGCUUCACUAUGGUUCUCUUCCGGCACAACGUUCAGCGAAUACGCACCCGGAGGCCAUUAUCGAAUGUCCAAGGCAGACAAACGCGAGAACAUCAUAAUGGUCGCCAGUGAACCCCUUACCUUCGAGAAAGCGGACUGGAUGGAAAUCAAAACAAACCACAUGAUCGCCAUCACGCCUCGGAUGAACCUCCUGCAGAUCCCCAUCGUCGAUAAAUUCUUCGUCUCACCUUCGCAAGGCCGUGAAACCGGGUUCGCUGCGGAAAAGGGCUUCUUGAGCCCCCGCCCCGGUCCCUUGCGCGGCUCAGCCAUCGAAGCAACAGAGAACGGUAUACCAAUCAAUGUGCCGGAGAAUGCGGUCCUAACGGAGAACUUGCGGUCACCCGUGCUCGCACAUUGACAGCACGUUGUUGACGCUGCAUUUUCUGUCAUCAUGAAUUGUUAUCUUGUUCGCUUUGUCUUGUUUGUUCCAUAGAGUUGUACAACAGGAAAGGAGUAAUAUGAUGAACGUUAAUGAAAAUUGUUUAUCUGAGGAGUCAACCAUUAAAGCCUGCGUCGUUUUCCUUCGCUGGAGUUCAAGGUGCUACUUUUUCGCUUGACGCUCUCUACUAACUUUUGUAGGUUAGUAUCACCAUCAGCGCCUACUUCCCUUGACGAUAGUUUCUCAAUCGGCUCUUGCGUCUUGCGGCGCUUUGCGCGCUCCUGUAGCAGUGCAGACAUGUUCUUGGUCUUCUUGAAGUGGGGAUUGCUUGGGUCGAUGGCAAAUGUGUGAUCCUCAUGCAGAGCCUUGAAUCGCUCGUCCUUGACGUCGAUAACGAAGUGCUCCUGCAUCUCGUCAGGUCCAUCAUCCUCGAACUUGUCUUUUUUGCCCUUCUUCUUCUUUCCUUUUCCCUUCUCUGCCUUCAGUACCGCCUUCAUGUCGAAGUGUUUGGUGCCGCCUUCGAGGUUGUCACCGCCUGUCAGCAGGGCGAGUUCCUCGGCUGUUGACUCUACACGCGCUCCCAUGCGUUCUGUCAACCUCAUCCUGUUCUUGCCCUUGUCACGCGUGUGCUCGGUUUUCUCAUCUUCAGCCUCCUCGUCCUCACUAGCGGCACCGAAGAAGUCGUCCUCCGCGACCACUCCGCCUUUCUUCUUUUUCUCUUCCCCGGGGUUUUUAUCCUUCGUCUUAGCUUCCGCCUUCCGUUUCUGCUUCUUUUCCUUCAUUUUUCGCUGGUAUUUCUCCAAGGUCGUCUCCUCAUCGUCUCCCUUCGGCUUGGUACUGAAACCGGGUGCAAACGUGAUCUCCAUGUCGACAUCAUCUUCCUUCUUGUCGUUAGCAGUGCUUGCCCAGCCUUCUGGCAUUGCAUCGCCAUUCCCUUCGAGCAGCAGCGCACGCAGCCUGGCACGGUCCGAGGCCUUCUUAUCUUUCUUAUGGACGUCGCGAGCAUCGGCUUCACUAUCCGACUCGGACUCGGAAGAGGCGAUGAGCGCCUUGAAAUCUGCCUCCUCUAUCUCCUGUUUCGACAGGGCGCGUCUCGUAAUGCGCACUCGCUCUGGAUCGUCUUCGUCCCAGGUGAGCUUGACUUUGGAAUGCCGUAGGGCGUCUGUAACGAAGUCGAGCCCUUUGUACUGGUUUGAAGCUGUGUCAUCAGUAGCUUCAUCUCGGCACUCAUCGUCGAACGUCAUGUCAUCCGGUACAUAGCUGAGGUCAAAGACGUUCGCCGAUCGUUCAAACUCGGUGCCUUCUAACUCAGAGUACACAUAAGCUGCUGCUGGGACGCUAUCGAACUCAGCGAUAGCGUAAUAGUACCUCAUGCGUUCGAGCUGGUACUUGCGCAGAGCAUCCUCGUCGUAAUCGUCUCCUUGCCCAACCUCAAUUAUAUCCGAGGCGUCGCCGUCAGCGCUAUCAUCAUCGUCCUUUUUCUUGAAAACCUCUGGAGGUGGACCCUCCCUUUCCUCUCUCGCUAUCCUCUCUUUUCCGAACUGACUGGGAUAAACCCGAACACUGAGAAGCCUGCCGCGCAACGAAGGCUGAGAUCUUUGUGCAGCACGCUUUGAACCCUCCGAAGCGGGUGGUGAGAGAACGGAAGAGAUGAUCUUCCACAGGUGGAAGGCGCGAAUGUGAUCCCAGUCAAGAUUGACAAUGGCAACACGCCGUGUAGGGUCUAUGGUAGGCCGUCCAUCUUCGUCGUCUUGAGCGCGGCGCGCAGCAGCGGCCUGGGCGUCCAGGUCUGCGAAAUUAUCCUCAUCCAGGUCAAUCUCCGGCUCCUCGUCUUCGUCGAGCACUCGUAUGGGUUUCGUUUUGUCUUGGUCGAGAGUUACGACGCCGUCGCCCUCGUCAUCGCUCUCCUCAUCUUCCAAGCCGCUCUUCCCACCAUCGUCUGACGACUCCAACAGGACUUCACCUCGCGCGUAGUCCACCAGCUUCGGCGUCUCC